AUGAAAUCUGAAUCACUAUACUUUGUCGAUAUUACAAUGGGUGGAAUCCAUCGCUGUGCGUCCAAAACUGGCCAGGAGAGCAAGAUUAACUUAGAUGGAACAGUUGAAUUUGUUACCCAUGCGAGCGUAGUUGGCGGACAAAACAGAACCAUUUCCCAUGUAGACUGGGACACUGCUAACAUUACAGAUCUUGCAGAGGUUGAACAGGGAACAAGAAACCGAUUCAGUGAUGGGAAAUAUGAUGUUCUUGGUCGGUUAUGGGCAGGUACCAUGGGUUUUGAGACUAUACCUAGAAGAGUGGACAGUGGUCAAGGCAGCCUAUACAGUUUGACAACUGACCAUAAGCUGACCAAGCACGUUGGGAACAUUGAAAUUAGCAACGGCAUUGACUGGACAGAUGACAACUCCGUUAUGUUUUAUAUUGAUUCUGUGCCUAGAAAAGUAUAUGCUUUUGACUUCAACAUAGAGGAGAGAACAGUCAGUAACCAACGGACGGUAGUCAAAUUUGAACCAGGUACUGAGUCCACUUUUCUCUGGCGCAGUUUCCAGCCACACAUAUCACAUCCAGUUUGUUUUGGCGGGAAGAACCUGGAUAAACUUUAUUUCACCUACAGCAUGUGGAAACUUCCAGAAAAAAGGACAAAUCUCGGCUCGCUAGCGUAUUUGGUUAAACCUGACUUCGCGGCGACCCCCUUGGCCGGUUACAUCUUUAAAGUUACUGGACUUGGGGUGAAAGGAAGAGCACCCAACAAUUUCAAAGACUAA